AGGCCCCGCCCUCCUCUGACUGAGUAUAGGGAGAGUGUCUCCCAACCUGGAGACAGGUGAAGAUAAUUAAAGGAUCAGUUGGGAGAUGUUCACUCACUAAGAAACAAUGAGCACUAUGAGGGUGCCUGGGUGAAUGCACUGCAGGAAAGUUUGUUCCAAGGAGAAGGAGCCGGUGAGCCACAAAUUAUUUGAAUAUUUAGACUGAAAUGUUGAAACAUUGAGAAAAAAAUAUAUAUAAAUAAAUAAAAAAGAAAAAGAAGAAAAAAAAAAAAGAGGAAUCAUUUAAAAUGUAUUUGAGAAAGUAAAUGAACACUAGAAUGUUAAAAUGUAUCACUGAAUAAUUCUUUGAAUAUGUUUGAUUUUGGGUUUAAAUCUUAUAUUUUGUUUCAGGAACAAUUUUGUUUAAAGAAUGUUAAUCAUUGUGUUUUCUGUUUAUAUUUAAAGGUUUUUCACCUACUACUACUACUACUACUAAUACUGCUACUACUAUUGUUGAUUGAACUUUCAAAUAAAAGACAAAAAAGGAAAGAAUCAACUUUGGUGUGAUGAGUGAAAUCCUGUGAGAUCUCUGGAAGCAAACUGCCUUUUCAAGUGGGGGAAACCUGCAGUUAAAAUACCAAAAACAAAGUGUGAACCACUUGACAGUGAAAAACCGGCCAGAAGAUUGGCAGAGUCAGGAACCCUAUUGAAACUCAAAAUGGCUGACUCAGAGUCUUUAGAGCAGCUGAAGAGAAACAGGACAUCUGCUAAACGGCUAUUUUCCCGGCUGGCCAACAACAUUGUUCGAAUGCAUGCCAUAAUGUCAGAAGAGGAGCUCAAAGACAGUUUCAAGGAACUAAUAAUUGAGUCUAAUAAAGUUAUGGAAGCAAAUGAAGAUGUGGAAGCUCAGUAUCUUGUAGAUAGAGACUUGCAAGAAGACUCUGAAGAAGAUUCAAAGUUAAAUGAGCAGCAAAGGGCUGACAUUGAUAAAACUGCAAGUGAAUGUGAAAUGAAACUGAAGGAGCUUAAAAAUCUGAUCCAGAAGACGCUUUGGGAAAACUUUGGAGAAGAGGAACUGACAAUGGCAGUUAAAGCUGCAGAGGAAAAAGUAGAGAGUGUAAUGUCUUUUGACUCUGGAGGAAAUAAAGAGGCUUUUGACUUCAUGUUUGACUGCAUGGAAAGAUUGGUGAAGAAGACAAAAGAGUUGUACACACAGUGGAAGUGCUGGGCCCCUCCAGCUGAGCAAAAAGAAUUUCACCUGCGUGUAAGAGAGCUUGAACAGAUGGUUCCAAAGUUAAUGUCCAGAAAGGCAGAGUUUAUAGAAGCCAAGGCUAAAGAAAGUGCUGGAAAAACUUUAAGUACGUCUUCCAUCAGCUACCCAACAUCAGUUAUCAAAUUGAAGCCAACCUCACUCCCCAAAUUUACUGGCGUCAGGCGCGAUUUUCAUCGCUGGAGAAGAGAUUGGGAGGCUCUUCAGAGUCAAGGAGAACCCACGGGGUCAAAAGAAGUGAAAAAGUUUCAGCUCAUUGACAGUUUAGAUGAAAAAAUAAUAAGAGACCUUCGACUGGUAACCUACAAAACAGCAGAUGACAUUUUUCGUGUACUAGAAAACAGGUUUGGAUGCCAAUCAGCUAUUGCUAUUGAAAUAAUUGAAGAGCUUCAGAGACUUCCUCCUGUCAAAAGUCACCAGCCUAAGAAAAUUGUUGAACUGAUCCAAACUAUUGAAAAAGCCCUUGAUGACCUCAAUGACCUUGGUGACAGUGGCGCUUUAAAAAAUCCUCUUGUGACAAAGUCAAUUGAGAGCAAACUCCCUGAUGGGUUAAAGAAAGAAUGGCUUCUCUAUGCUGCAGAGAGAAGUACUAAAUCAGAGAAGCGCUUUGAAGAUCUUCUGGACUUCCUCAAGAGUCAGGAAAGCAUCUAUGAACAGCUUGACCAACUAAAGAAUGAGGAUCCAGUGAGGAAGGAAUCUCGACCAGAGCAGAGGCAAGCAAGGACUAGAAUCGCAAACCAAGCAAGUAGCCCUCCCUCAGGAGAAGAAGGAUGCAGUACGGAAAAUGGGAGCAUGUUGGAGAUGUCUGGACAUCCACAAUCCUGGUGAUUACUGCAAAACUUUUUUCUUGUGCAAAAAUUCUGAGUGUGAGAAAAGGAGGGACACGGACCAUCACUAUCAUCUGUGUCCAAAUGCUGAAACAUCUAGAGGCAGCACAACUCAAAGGAGAAGCAGAAGUGGAACAGUGGGAGGUAGAAAUACAAGAAAUUACACUGAAGCCCAAGAAGAAUUUGUGAAAAAACUCCCACCAGAACUAGCCCAACAAUGUCAGAAUGUAUUUUGUAACACAACGUCAAGGGUUUCCCAUGUUGCAAAAAGUCACUCAAGUCUUCUAACAGAGAAUGGGCUAACAGAGUGGCCUGUCUUAAUGAUGAUUCAGGAAGUCACAGCUA